UGGAAUGUUCUACUUUUGACUGAGACUACAAUGCCACCGGUAAGAGAUGUUCUGCAAAAACUCGAUGACUUCAAAGUAAAUAUAUCAAUAACUGAGCUUCAAGAGCUAAGUUUAGCUUGUAGGGCAACAUUGAAAGAUUUACUUAAUGAUACGAAGGCAAUAGAACAGUCAGAUGUGAUACAAAUUCAAGCAAUACUCGACUACAUGCAUGAGCAAAUAAACGUCGGAAAUUGGAAAGAUGUAAAGCCAUUCUUACGAAGAACUAUAACAAUAGCAUCAUAUUUAAAGCUCCUAGCCCAUAUCAAGUUCUCAGAUGAACUCACAGAAAUUGUACUUAGAGAAUCCUUAAAAAUAAUAGAUCAUGGUAUAAUUUUUGGCUGUCCGUUGGAGAAAGAACCAAAGUUGCUUCAUAACUGCGCAUCUUAUCUAAAUGAAAUCUAUGCACAAUCACAUACAAUCAAAGCUAUUACAUUACCACGUAGUCCAAACACCUCAGUAACAGAAUAUAAUGCUACUUCAUUAGAGAUAUUAGACCGCCCGAGCAUGGAACACUUUUUUAAAAACCAUAUAUUAGCAGAGAAGCCUGUUAUUUUAGACAACUGCAUAAGUCAUUGGCCUGCAUUGACAAAAUGGAAAGAUCAAACGUAUCUGAUUAAGCUCGCUGGGCUGAGAACAGUUGCAAUAGAAAUUGGUAGAGAAUACACAGAAUCUGAUUGGACACAAAAACUCAUGACAGUUGAAGAAUUUAUAACCAACCACAUAUACAAUUCAGAUGGGAGUACAGGUUACUUGGCGCAGUAUCAGUUGUUUGAUCAAGUUCCAGAGCUAAAGAAUGAUAUAACAGAACCAGAAUACUGUUGUUUUUCUGAUGAUAAUGACCCCGUGGAUAUCAUGGCUUGGUACGGCCCUAAAGGAACUGUGUCUCCUCUUCACCAUGACCCUAAAAGAAACCUGUUAGCUCAAGUUGUGGGUGAAAAGCAGAUCUUUUUAUUCUCACCUGAAGAUUCAGAAUUCUUGUACCCUCAUGAACAUGAAUUACUCAGUAAUACGGCAAGAGUUGAUCCUAGAAAGCCUGAUUUGGAAAGUUACCCUAAAUACAAAGAUGCUAAGCCCUAUUAUUGCAUAUUGCGGCCUGGGCAGUUAUUGUAUAUUCCACCUAGGUGGUGGCAUUUUGUGGAGUCACUGUCUGUAAGUUUUUCAGUUAGCUUUUGGUGGACAUAGCUUUACCUGUCAUAG